CACCCCCACUAUGCAGAGCAAAAUGCUGCUUCAGAUAUUCUUCUUGCAACUUUUCCAGUUUAUUUAUAGUGCAGAAAUAACAGUUCAGCCAGUGUCUAUUAAUACAACACUCAACUCUACUGUUGUCUUCUCUUGUGAAGCUACUGCUGACGAACUUACUUUCAGAGUUAAUAAUACACCAGCUACUAAUGGAGCUGCUAUGGAUAAAGGAUUUAGUGUAACAACAAGUGGUAGUGGUGGUACUAGGAGUGCAGAGCUACAAGCAAUAGCUUAUGAACACAAUAAUAAUACUGAAAUAAGGUGUAGAGCUAGUACUGAUGAUCCUCCUCAAAUAGUGUUUAGUGAUACAGCAAUACUAAUGAUACAAGGUUAGUGCUGGAUAUGUGUGUGUCAUUAGUCACUUCUUUAGGUCUAUUGGAUAGUGUUGUUGAUCUGGAUUAUACCUUUAUUAAUGGAUCCAGUGUAUUAUUAA